AUGCCAUUCUUCGGAGGCGGCCGUCGCGAGCCCUCGCCCGAACCUGUCCGGGAACCGACCCCACCACCGCCGGAGCCCCGUCGCCACGGCCUCUUCGGCUCGCGCCGUGAACCCUCCCCAGAGCCCGUCCACCACCACCAACCCGUCGCUGAGCCCGCGCCUCGGAAGCACGGUCUCUUCGGGUCCUCCCGCCGCGAUCCCUCCCCGACGCCCACGACCCGCACCUCGGCCACCUCGCGCUCCUCCUUGUCGUCAACGACCUACCACACCUCACCCGACGGCCAUCACCACAAUGGCGUCGGCGGCGGUGGGGGAGGAUCCAUGUUCCGUCGCUCCACGGACGCGUCGUCCGGCCGCCGCGGCAUUCUACAGAAGUUCGGUGGUGCCGGCGGCGCCGUAGAGAUGGAUCCGAGUAUCGUCCAGGCCCGUGAGCGUGUCAUGGGCGCCGAGGCCGCCGAGAAGGAGGCGGACCGCGCCCUGCUUGCCGCCCGCGAGAGCGUCAUCGCCGCAAGAGCCGAGGUGCGCAGGCUCGAGGAGGAGGCGAAGGAAGAGGCGAGGCGGGCCAAGAUCAAGCAGUACCACGCCCGCGAGGUCUCCAAGCGCGGCAAGGCACUCGGCCGCCACGGUGACUAA